AUGGAUAAAGACCUUAUCAAUACUUUCUCUGCUGAAGUUAAUGGAGAAUCCAUAAAUAAAUUGAGGACGAUUGAAAAUGAAUCUUCUGAACAAGCUGAGGUGGAGGCUGCUGAAAAAGUAAUUAAUGCAAUGCGCUAUUAUCGACAAUAUUGCUUGUUGAAAUUGAAGCGAAGAUCUGAUGCCAUAAGGAGCCUUCUAGAAGAGGACAAAGCUUUGCUUGUGGCAUCUUGUACUGAACAUAUGAGGCGCGUACGUGAAUGUGUGGAACAAAAUCAAAAAUUGCUCGAAAUGAUUGUCCAUUGUGGUGCUAAUAUUUUGGGCGGAAGUGUUCAAAGUGCCUUGGAGACACAUCAAUUGCAUCCCUCAACGGAACAUUAUAUGACAAAAAGUAAAAGUAUCCUUAAACAGCUUGUCCGUGAUUGGAGUUCAGAUGGAACGCAUGAACGCGAGUCUUGCUACCGUUUAGUGCUAAAUGAUAUGGAGGCAUUUUAUCCUUCCAGAUCGGAUGAUAAUCGACAGAAUAGGCAGGAUAUACAAGUUCUCGUUACUGGCGCUGGUUUGGCUAGACUGGCCUGGGAGCUGAGGAAAAUGGGAUUUUCUGUCACCGGGAAUGAGUUUUCAUAUUUUAUGUUAUUGACUUCAAAUUUUAUUUUGAAUGCUUGUCAUGAGAAAGAGGAAUUUACUAUUUACCCUUAUGUGAUGGAUUUUUCAAAUUCUUGGUGCUAUGAAGAUCAAUUAAAGCCAAUUAAAUUUCCUGAUGUAAAUCCUGCUGAUAUUAGUGAUGGAGAUAAGAAUUCUUCAGAAAGAGAGAAUAUUAACAACAUGACUAGUGGCUUUGCAAUGUGUGCUGGUGACUUUUUACAAGCUUAUUCAGAUGCUGAGGAACAUUUUGACAGUGUUGUUUCUGUUUUUUUUCUCGACACUGCCGCUAAUCCGAUUGCUUAUAUUCGAUUAAUCUAUAAAAUUUUGAGGAAAGGAGGUUUUUGGUUAAAUUUUGGUCCUUUGACUUAUCAUCAUGAGGACUCUGAUGAUACUCUUUCUUUGGAGUUACCGUUUAAUUCAAUUCUACGGCUUGUUGAACAAUGUGGAUUUAAAUUAGAAAAAGUUCUUGAUAAAGAGUCGCAAAAAGAAUCACCUUCUCGGUAUACAUGGAAUAAGAAUUCUAUGCUCCAGUAUAAUUAUUAUUGCGGGUAUUUUGUUGCUCAGAAAUGA